AUGAUAAAAAUUGUGAAAAGGCAAAUAUACUACUCAUGUGAAAAAAAAAAAUACUACACAAACAGGUUGUAUAAAAAAGUUUGCAACAAUUGUUCAAACUUAAACAUAAAUAAUAUAAGCAGGUGUGUAUAUUGUGAUAACAUAUUAAGCGACAGUGAUAUUAGAUUAAUAAAAAAUACGAUUUUUACAGAUAUAAUAAAUGUGAGAAAAGAGUGGAAAUAUUUUGGUGGAAAAGGUGUAAAUAACAGUUAUUCUGCACCAUUAUUAAGUAAUGUUGAAAUUGAUGAUAAACAUGUUCAUCUUAAGAAUGGGUCAGUAAAUAACUGUAAUAGAUUGUAUGUAUAUUACAAUUGCUAUGAUUAUAUUAUGUUAAAUAAUCCAUAUAGCAAUUCCUGUCUUAAUCUCAUUGUUUUGUUUAAAGGAAUUAUGUAUGAUGUUAAGAAUUUAAAGAGGAAGGAUAUAAACUGUUUACUGCAUAUGUAUAAUUAUAUAUACUUUGUGAUUGAUAUAUUCCUAUACUUUCUUUUAAUUAGCAAAGGGAAAUUCGUUCAUUACAAAUAUAUGUAUAAUAAUUCGUUUGCUGUGAAUGUGGAUUAUAACGACGAACUUGUAGAUAUUUUGUUCGAAUUAAAUAAAAUUAUUAAAGAGAAAAAGAAAAGUGUGGUUGCAGAUAAUGUUAAUAGUGAGAAAAAAAGACACUUAGAAAAUGUAAGCGAAACUAAUAUUAUUGAAAAACUAAAUGAAAAUUAUGAAAAUAUAUACAAAGAAGUGUUAAUGAAUAUUAGGGAAAAAUCGGAAUUAUGCAAGUUUUUUAAAAAAUUAGAAGACGUAAAUAUUAAAAAUAAAAUAAUGGCUUUGAAAAAACACUUGUAUAUAGGAUGUUCCUACCCUUCACCCAUAAAUCAUUUUUCUCUUCAAAUAAUAUUCCCUCCAUUUUCGAAUUAUAAUUUUUUUGCAUUUCCCUUUUAUUUUCCCAUACAAAAAAUACUUCACGAUUUGUAUAUAUAUGGCCAUGUUAAAAAUUAUAAGCACUCAGAAAUAAUUAGGAAUAUAUAUAAUAACAAAUUAAUUAAAGAAGUAAAAGAAAGCGAUUUCGUGUGCAGGAAAAUUCUGCAGUUUUGA